AUGCUGACAGGGCGCUUUGCCUUGCUUGAGUAUGACGUGCCUGGUCCAAUAGUGAUGCAUGAACGGAUGAUUUUGGACCACGUAGAGUCGGACGAUUAUGUGGUGUGUACUCCAGAUCGAGAUCUCUUUGUGGAACAGCUUACGGUUGAGAAUAGUGAUCUUCGAAGUUUCCGUUUGAGACCUCAGCCCCACCAAUUGCCACCCGGUGUCCCAUUAGGUCGAGUGUAUGCCUUGCCUGCUUGGAACGCGGGGGAGAUUGCAGCCAUCAAGGAUGAAGCCCGUCGACUCGCUCAGGCGGAGAAGGCCCAGCGAGGGCUAGCUCAGGUGCCGCUGUCGAAGGCGGUUGCAGCCACCAAGCUGUAUGAGAUGGGCUGGAAGCUGACAGGGCCAAGAACGGCUCAGUGGUGCCUCAACUACCUUGUGGUGGAGGGACUGGGGCUGGAGGCUCAUCAUGAGCGUUUUCGACAGUUGUGCAGAUUGGACUCAGCAGCUUGGGGCGUGCAGGAACAUUUUCAGUUGUCAAUGAUGUUGCGACAGUUGUUACAAGUUGACUGUUACAAUGGCUGCAACUCUAUGGGGAUAGAGCUGAUGUUCCGUCGCCUGCAGACCAUGGAAUAUGCUCAUUCGGAAAAGGCUCGAGAGAGUGAGCCGAGACUUGCAGGAGGUAAGCUGGCCCUUGAGGAGCAGUAUGUCUUCGGAUCCGUGGUAAGGCAUGCUGGAACCUUGAUGAUCGCGCCGGCCCUCCAAUCGCAUGUGAAGGAGGAGACUGAGCGUGAAGUGUUGCUGGCUAAGAACCUUCGCAAGGCCAAAGAAGAGAGAGAGCUGGCAGCCAAGAAAGGUGGCAAGAAGAAAGAUGGAAAAGGCUGCGGCUGGGGGACCUCUGCGGAACUGCUGGGGAAUCCCAAAGACUUCUUCCUGGAUACAGGAACACUUGGCUUUCACUGCAACGACUUCAGCGUGCAUUUGCGUCCGAGCUUUGUCUUUCCUUCUUUGGACUUGCGGGCUGGCCCACUGGCGGCCGGCAUUUCUCAGGAUCGGAGGCAGCGGAGUAUUGUAGGCAUACCAAUUGCUUUUGAAGCCAUUGGCGCUGCAGGCCUACAAGCAGAGCGCCUGAUGGACUUGGCCGCGCGGAAGACGCACUUGUGGCGCUCCUUGAACAGGUCCGAAUCUGUCGGUCUUACGCUCGCUCUUCCCGAGCGGUACUGUUGGCUGAAAGCCGCUACUGUCGCAGGGCUGUCGCACUCCUUCGAUUCUGGCAUCGUUUGGGAGGCUUCGAGCCUCACUUGGUUCGUGGCCGAUUUGUCGAGCCAGGCGGCGACCCGCGACGAACGCGCGACCGGCCGGACGACCACACGACAGAGGCUAGAGCCUCGUCUCCUCAGAGGUGCGAACUUGCACCAUUGCAUCGUCGGGUGGCGAACGUACCUCGCACAGCGGGAGCCCCGGAGCCUGGGUGACCUCCGUUUGAGCCGGGUCACGAAGCGCAUCGACAAUUUCUUGAGCCAUGACUGGCAAACCGCAGGCUGGCUGAAGGCGCUGACGUUGGUGGUCCUUUUCAAUUCCAGGGCGGCUGCGAUUGCCACUUGGAUCGUUACUCUGGUCAUUGCCCUCUUCCGUAUACUGGAUCUUUUUCCACAAUCGACCUGGACCGUCUUCUUGGCGCAUGCGACCUUUCUGCUUUUCUUGUGCUUCUGGCAGAAGAUUCGCUCACUCUGGAGACCUCGGAUGGUCUUUCUCGACCGGCUGUGUAUCGCUCAAAACGAUCCAAGUUUGAAAGAGAAAGGAAUUCUGGGGCUGGCCGCGUUCCUGGACUGUUCGAGAGAACUGACCAUCCUGUGGUCACCACGAUACUUCCGGCGUCUCUGGUGUAUCUACGAGCUGGCCACCUACUUUCGGCGCAAGAACAUGCGGAAGCCGCUCCAGGUGAUGCCUGUCACUCUAGCACUCUUCAUUGCGGUCAACGCACUCAGCUGGUGCAUCAUGGUAGCCUGGUAUCACCUGAUCAAGGAGUCGAACUUCGAGAGUUGGAACUACGGCACCUACCUGAACACCAUCGCGGGCGUCGCUUGCGUGGCUCUUGCCAGCAUCAUGGUUCCUUGGACCUACUACUUGGGCCUUCAGCUCAUGACCGAUUUACAGGAGAUGCCAGAGCAGUUGAAGAGCUUUCGCAUCCAAGAUGCUCUCAGUUCCUGUUGUGCCAACGAACAUCUGAACCCAGAGACGAUGGAAGAGAUUGGCUGUGACCGUCAGCUGGUGUUCUCUGCGCUCUCUUCAUGGUUUGGACGAGACGGCAAGGCUGAUUCCCACUUGGAGGAAUUCAACCAAAUGGUGCGAGACAGGUUGGCGCCCAUCAUUCUGCAAACAGUGGGUGGCGAUGCCCUCCCCCUCAAGUACACUUGGUAUAUGGUCGGCAUUUGUGAAGUCCCCUUCUUGUCCCCGGUGCUCACAAAGAUCGCACAUCCACCUGAGAACAUGUCUGGAUAUCUGGCAGUGAUCUGGGCCAUGCGUUUGCUUUCGGAAGUCUUCUUUCUGUCCCUCCUGGGGAUUUUUGCCACCCGAUUGAACUUGAAACUCUGCAAGCUUGGACAGCGAUGGACGCCCUAUGUGUCCAAGAUUUGCCUUUCAAUUGUCCUGUCGCAAGUGGCCAUUUUGGCCGUGACCAUCUUCUGGACCGGCUUUGCCUCGUGCGUGCGCAACACCGCGGAGGACAACUUGCUUCCCAUUCUGCCGGUCUCGCUGCUGAUUGCCUGCCUUUGUGCACUCUUCUGCUCCCAGGGCAGUCCACGUGGUGCCCACGUCGCCCACGUCGAGGCCUACGGCGAGGGUGCCGAGGGCCACACGGCCGCCGCGCAGUUGGAGGGAUCCAGAGCGGGACCAUCGGCACGGCACGGCUUGGCAGCUUUGGGGCCAAUCCUGGAGCUCUCCACGCAUGGCACAGCGAACACGGAGGACUUCGAAGCGAAGGAUGAAGAUGAAGAGUCGGUCUUUGAGCUGUGA